AUGGACCGUAAGAUCAACAACAACACCAUGGCUGGUGUCUCGCGAAACACUUCUCGGGUGCUUGCUCCUCCAGGUGGACGAUCAAACAUUUUCUUCGGAGAUGAAUCUGCUCCUCCAGCCGCUACUGCAGCACCAAAGGUCGAAGAAGUCGCCCCACCCGUCAGCGCUGGUCCCGCCAAAACUACAGCUGCUGAAGCGAAGCCUGCGGAAGGCGCUGCAAAUCCAGCUGAUUCAGCCAGCAAUUCCGCCGCCCGAAACAAGAACAAGAAUACCAUCUCCCAGAUAACUUUCUAA